AUGGCUGCAGUGUUGGGGACUACGACAGACACAGAGACUGUCAGGGUCAGAGAAGAGUGGCUGCGGGCCUACACUGAAAAGAAGAGCAAGAAGCCUGGCCCCAUGCCUGGCCCCAUUGCCAAGUCCCAAAUCCGUGACGUGAAGCCCUGGGACGAUGAGACCGACAUGAAGGUACUCAAGAAAUGCGUCCACUGCAUCCAACUGGACGGGCUGGUGUGGGGCGCAAGUGAGCUCAAGUCCCUGGCGUCCGGCAUCAACAAGCUGUCCUUCCUGAGCACAGUCGUCGACAAGAUCUCCGUUGACCUCACCGAGAAAAUACAAGAAUUUCAGGACUACGUCCAGAGUGUUGAUAUUGCCGCCUUUAAUAAGGUCUAGGGUCUGCUUAC